AUGGCGGCCCUGUCAACUAGGGCGGGCCAGGAGGUCGACCGAUCCGUGUUAGAAUCUCUACUCCGCCGCAGAGCUUUCUACUUCCCCUCGUUCGACCCCUAUGGCGGUGUUGCUGGUCUGUACGACUACGGCCCCCCGGGAUGUGCUCUACAGGCCAAUUUCAUCGAUACCUGGCGGAAACAUUUCGUCCUGGAGGAGGACAUGCUGGAAGUCGAUACAACCGCGCUUACCCCGAGUGAGGUUCUGAAGACCAGUGGACACGUGGAUAAGUUCGCCGACUGGAUGUGCAAAGACCCCAAGACUGGAGAGAUUUUCCGAGCAGAUCACUUGGUUGAAGCGGUUCUGGAAGCUCGUCUCAAGGCCGACAAAGAGGCCCGCGGUGAAAAAGUGGUGGUGAAUGAAGAAGAGGACGCCAAGAAAAAGAAGAAGAAAGUGAAGGACGUCAAACUGGUCAAGUUGGACGAUGCUGUGGUUAAAGAAUACGAAGAGAUUCUAGCUACCAUUGACAACUUUGACGGCGAUGGUCUGGCUCUACUCAUCACGAAGCACGAUAUUCGCAAUCCCACCACUGGCGGAAACCUGCUGCCCCCGGUCGCCUUCAACUUGAUGUUUCAGACAUCAAUUGGUCCUAGCAGCAACAUUGCAAGCUACCUGAGACCGGAAACAGCUCAGGGCCAGUUCCUUGCCUUCCAUAAGUUGCUGGAAUUUAACCAAAACCAGAUGCCUUUUGCAUCUGCGUCUGUUGGAAAGUCUUUCCGAAACGAGAUUUCGCCGCGUGCUGGUCUCCUGCGUGUCAGAGAAUUCUUGAUGGCCGAGAUUGAACACUUUGUUGACCCCGAAGGUGGCAAGAAGCACCCUCGCUUCGACGAAGUCAAGGAUGUUGAGAUGUCACUGUUGAACCGAAACGUUCAGCUUUCCGGCAGUACCCAGACGGAACACAUGACCAUUGGCAAGGCAGUUGCCACUGGCGUGGUGGAUAAUGAAACUCUUGGCUACUUCCUCGCACGAAUCCAACAAUUCCUUUUGAAAAUCGGUAUAGACUACUCGAAGCUACGAUUCCGUCAGCACAUGGCCAAUGAGAUGGCCCACUAUGCCGCUGAUUGUUGGGAUGCUGAGCUUCACACUAGCUAUGGCUGGAUUGAAGGUGUUGGCUGUGCUGACCGAAGCGCAUACGACCUGACUGUGCACAGAGAAAAGACCGGUGCUCCUCUCUUUGUCCGUGAAGCCCUGCCGGAACCUAGAACUUUUGAAGAGUGGCAAAUCGACAUCACAAAGGCAAAGUUUGGCCCUAGGUUCAAGAAGGAUGCCAAAAAAGUGGAGGCAGCAAUCAACGCUCUGACUGAAGAUCUUCGCGAGAAACUCUCGCUAGAUCUCGCUAAGGACGGCAAAGUUGAGAUUGAUGUAGAGGGCGUUGAAUCUGGCAAGGUUGAGCUUGGCAAAGAUUUGAUUAACAUUGAGAAGAGGACAAGGAUUGAGCACAUCCGUGAAUACACUCCCAAUGUGGUCGAACCUUCUUUUGGCGUUGGAAGAAUCCUCUACUGUUUAUAUGAACACUCAUAUUGGCACCGGGCUGGUGACGAGGCUCGUGGUGUACUAUCAUUCCCUCCAUCAAUAUCUCCAACCAAAGUGUUACUGGUUCCCCUUUCCAACAACGAAGCUUUCGCACCAUUCGUCAAACGACUUGGUCUGAAGUUCCGCCGCGCUGGUAUCUCCAGCAAGGUCGAUGAUUCCUCGAGCAGUAUCGGCAAACGGUACGCUCGGAAUGACGAGUUGGGUACACCAUUCGGCAUUACAAUUGACUUCCAGUCUGUCAAGGACAACACCUUCACACUGCGUGAUCGCGACUCGACAAAGCAGGUCCGGGCUAGUGAGGAUGAGAUCUUGAAGGCCGUCAAGUCGAUGGUCGAGGGUGAGGAGACUUGGGACGAUGUAGCAAAGCGUCUCCCAGAGUUCACUUCUCAAGAGACGGAAUAG